AUGAGCCAUAAGGAGGGACGAUAUCUGGUGUCGGCUAAGGUUCUCCGUCUCCUCCAUUGCUUCCGUCUGAUUAAUGACCGAUUCCACAGCUGCAAUCAUGUUGGCAUGUUUAGUCGUAAGUGGUCGAAGAUUUUCGUUGCAUCAGUCGCACUCUACUUUACUUCAUUCGCCCGAGCCCGGAGUCAAGACAAGAUCAUGAAGACCGGAGGCGGGAUCGAGCGCGGAUGGAUGGCAUGGCCACAGGCGGAUGCUUGGCGUCUUCGUGGCGAUGAUCGUGUCCGGAACAAAAUCACUUUGUCUCAUCAGUACCCUGUUCCGUAUCUUCAGGAUUUUGCCGGUGACCUAUUCGACAAGUCUGCAUUCUCGAGGGUUCACACUGUCCUGGCCUUUCAUCAAAUCCCUAUUGCCCUGGAGGAUGAGUCAAGUCACCGUGAAGCUGGUUUCCGUUCAUAUCCUCUGGCCUGGGAUGCACCAGGACCUCAAAAUUUGGACACGGGCUUGCCUCAGCUGUCAACGGAACAGGUAGCAUCUAUACAACAAGGUACUCAUUGCCACGCCCACCCUGACACCGUAGGUCUUCUGCAUCUGCUCACUGGUUGUUCUUAUCGCCUCACAUGUGUGGAUCGAUUCACACGGUGGCCAAAGGCUAUUCCUAUGCCGGAUGUCGUUGCUUCAACGGUGUUCAAGGCUUUCUCGGACCUUGACUAUUUCACCGCUGAGCUGGUCUUUGGUGCCACUGUCCGACUUUCCAGUGAGAUGAUCUCGUCAUCCAAUGAAGGUGCAGUCGCGGAUCCUAUCAACCCCCUGCACGUCUCCGGCAGCUUUGGCGGACGCCAUCUCCGACAUAACCCUGGACACCAGCUGGGUCGGACAAAACAAGCAUACGCACUCACAGACGGCGCAGUUGGUCCACCACUGGGGUCUACCAGAUGGGUCGCACUUACAGACGGCGCAGUUGGUCCACCACUGGGGUCUACCAGAUGGGUCUCCACUCACAGAUGGCGCAGUUGGUCCACCACUGGUGUCUAUCAGAUGGGUCAUUUCACAGACGGCGCAGUUGGUCCACCACUGGUGUCUAUCAGAUGGGUCAUACUCUUCAUCGAACCGCAGUUCAUCAAGGCCUCACCACCUAUCACUACGUGA